AAGUGCUCGCUUGUCACCGGGACAAGGCGGUCGCGUGAUCGUGAGGUGUCAGUGUAUUUCCGACAAUCCCGUUGUGAAUCGCGAUGCCCGUGUCUCUCUCCCUUGCUCUCUCCCCCUAUCUCACGCGCGUUCCGCGUGACACUUCCGGAAUCGGAAUCGGAAUCCGCUCUUUCGCGCCGUUCCCUUUUUAUUAGUCGCCUCGGUACUCCUGAUUGUGUGUUCUCUCGACGUUGACUCCUCGAGCGUUCGCGCGUUCGAUUUGUGCUCGACGGAGCUCGAGGAGAGACAAAGGAACGAUGCGCAUCCGGCGCGAAUGCGAGACGCGGACGGGCUACAAAAUCUACAGACGUCGACAGACCUAGAUUCGGCAAUAGUUGCUCCGCGUAUGAGCAGCUCGCACGUAAAUAUUUUCCUUCGGCGAUCGCCGUAUUGCAUGGGAUAAUUCGCUUGGUGAAGCGAUAUCCUUCGCUGAACCGGAAGGAAGCGGCAAGUGAAACAGCUGGCGAUACGGUCGGACGAACCCGAUAUAGGGAGCCUGAGUGAGCGCAGCGCGAAUGUGUCGCGCGUGAAUGAAUCGCAAGGACCGCGGCGCGAGAUUGCAAGACGAUGAAAUAGUGAUCUUAUGAAUCAGGAUCCUGCACAUGGUGGGGCCGCUUCUCGCGAUGAUAAAGAUAUUUAUCGGGUGAUCGUGAUCGUGACGUUGGUGACGCGUCGUUGGGGACGACGAUGCUUCGCGACUUUCGAUCCGGCGGCGCGACGAUCUGAUCCGAGGUCGCCUUGCGAUCCGUACUCAUGGGUCCCCGCAGGAUCGUCACACUGACGAUCUUAUGGCUUAUGAUGUGUCAAACCGAGGGCAAAGUUACGUGUCGCGAGGUGCAGCUGCAUCGCGACUGCGAGGCGCUGUGCAGCACGAGCCGCGACGGCGUUGUCUCUUGCGAGCUGAGGGUCGCCGUUCUCCUGCCGGCGGACCCGAGAUACGAUAUCUCUCUGCCUAAGGUCCUCCCGGUCCUCGAUUUAGCAGAGUACGAAGCGAGAUCGCGGAAUCUGCUACCGUACUGGCUGAAACUGAAGUUCGUGGCGCAAGACGAUCAUUGCGACGCGAUGUACGCGCAAAUCGGCGCGGUCGACAGCUACGCGCAUUGCGUGCACUUGUUUCUCGGGCCGGCAUGCGAUUAUUGCGUCGCGGUCGUCGGCAGAGUGGUGAAGUUUCUUGGGGCACCGUUAAUUACCACGGGAGGCUUUACUUACGACUUCACCGAGAAAAAGGUUGAUUGUAAAGACGAAUAUUUUAUGACCACAAGAAUCGGAAGUUUGGCUUUCAGGGACAUCGCCAAAUUUUUUGUAGCUAUAAUGGAUCACUACAGGUGGCGUAAAGUGCAGCUCAUUUAUGCAACGAACGGACAGAGUCAAGUCGGUGGUAGACAUACGUGUCAGCUUAUGAUGAAAUCAAUGGUUGAAUUCAUCAAGAAGGAGCAUAACAUUAUUUAUGGCACUUUCGAUGUCGAAGCUACCGUCCCCAGUGAUUAUCCGGAGGCCUUGAAAGAACACGUUAGCAGUUCGUACGGCGUCAUAGUGAUGUGCGCUAAUUCAACGACCAUCCGGGACAUAUUGCUGGCUGCCGACGAGCUCGGGAUGGUAGACUCGGGGGACUACGUGUUCUUCUCCAUAGAGCUCUCCUCCAGCGAUAAUGAUUCCAAAGAACCAUGGAGAGUCAAAGACGACACUGACGAGAGGAACGAGAAGGCCCGAAAGGCUUAUCAGGCCUUGCUAACGGUAACGGCACGCACCCCGGACAAUCUGGAGUACCUGAAUUUUUCGCGCGAAGUCAAAUCCCUGGCUCUGGACAAAUACAACUACACCUUCGGUGAAAGAUCGGUUUCCACCUUCGUGACAGCGUUUUACGACGCCGUGCUGCUUUACGCCCUCGCUCUUAAAGAGAGCCUGCCGGAGAAGCCGGGUGAGGUCAACCUAGACGGUGGUAACCUGACCCGAAGAAUGUGGGGAAAGAGUUUCAAGGGAAUAACUGGCGACGUAAACAUCGAUGAAAAUGGCGACAGAAUUGCGGACUAUUCUCUACUAGACAUGAACCCGGAAACGUCCAGAUUCGAAAUUGUGGCCAAUUAUUAUGGCGCAAAUAAAACAUUGGAAUAUAUUCCUGGGAAGAAAAUUCAUUGGGCCGGUGGUCGUUUAGAACCACCCCCGGAUACGCCUACUUGUGGAUUCGACGGGUCGUUAUGUCCUGAUAAUUCUCUUCCGGGAUACGCCAUUCUCUCCAUGGUAUUGAGCUCCAUCGUGGUCGUUCUCGUCGUCGGUUCAGUAUUUAUUUAUCGGCGCUUCAAACUGGAAGCGGAAAUUGCCUCCAUGACGUGGAAAGUGCAUUGGGACGACGUAAUCGUGAUGCCUAACGUACAAUGGAAAACGAGGGGCUCCAUGUACUCCCUAAUCGCGAAUAAGUUUCGCGGCAGUGAUAUGACGAUCUAUACUGAGGAUAACGCAAGCCUACUAGACGGUGUUGAUAGACAUGUGUAUGUUCCGACAGGAUUUUAUAAGAAUUCAAAAGUUGCUAUAAAACUGAUACCGAGGAACAAAGUGGAGAUCUCAAGACCUUUAUUGCUGGAGCUAAAGCGGAUGAAGGAUCUCCAGCACGAUCAUCUUGUACGAUUUUACGGUGCCUGUCUCGAGCCGCCGCAUUGUUGCCUCCUAACCGAAUACUGCCCCAAAGGAUCUCUCCAGGAUAUUCUAGAGAACGAGCAGAUAAAGCUCGACCGCGUGUUCAGAGGAUCCCUGAUACACGAUAUCGUGCGCGGCAUGGUGUACCUCCAUGCGUCGGAAGUGAAGAGUCACGGAAAUCUCAAGUCCUCGAAUUGCGUCGUCGAUUCGCGAUUCGUCCUGAAAAUCGCCGACUUCGGCUUGCACGAGCUGAGAAGGAGCACGGACGCGGAUGCGGAUGGCGACAAGGCCAGCUACGCCUACUGGAGGAAACAGCUGUGGACAGCUCCGGAGCUCCUGAGGAUGGAGAGACAACUGCCCGAGGGCACUCAGAAAGGCGACGUGUACAGCUUCGCUAUAAUCGUUCACGAGAUCGUGGUGCGCCAAGGGCCAUUCUACUUGGGAGACAAUAACGAACUCUCUCCAAAGGAAAUAGUAGAAGGUGUCAGAAGAGGUGGCGGUUCACCCCUAAGGCCUGUAAUCGACGAUGCUUCCGUUGAAGAAGAGGUAGCUACUCUAAUGAGACGAUGCUGGGCGCAGGAUGCCGCGGACCGACCGGAUUUUCCGGCGCUCAAGCAGACGAUUCGUAAAAUUAAUAAAGACUACGAGAGCAGCAAUAUCCUGGACAAUUUACUAUCCCGCAUGGAGCAGUACGCCACGAAUUUAGAGACGCUGGUGGAGGAACGCACGGCUGACUACCUCGAGGAGAAACGUAAAUGCGAGGAACUUCUUUACCAGUUACUACCAAAAUCGGUGGCGUCGCAGUUGAUCCUCGGGCAGAGCGUAAUCGCCGAGACGUACGAUCAAGUGACAAUUUACUUCAGCGACAUCGUGGGCUUCACGAGCCUGUCGGCCGAGAGCACGCCUCUGCAGGUGGUCGAUCUGCUGAACGACCUCUACACGUGUUUCGACUCCAUUAUCGAGAACUUCGACGUUUACAAGGUGGAAACGAUAGGGGAUGCUUACAUGGUCGUAUCGGGAUUGCCGGUGAGAAAUGGCAUGAAUCACGCUAGAGAAAUUGCGAGGAUGAGUUUAGCCCUCAGAGAUACGGUAAUGACAUUCAGUAUUCGACACAGACCAACCGAGCAAUUAAAACUUCGUAUCGGCAUGCAUUCUGGACCGUGCGUGGCCGGCGUGGUAGGUCUCAAGAUGCCUAGAUACUGCUUGUUCGGUGAUACGGUCAACACAGCAUCCAGGAUGGAGAGUAACGGAGAAGCUUUGAAGAUCCAUGUCAGCCCAAAGACGAAGGAAAUCCUGGAUACCUUUGGCACAUUCGAACUCGUCUGCAGAGGAGAAGUCAUAUUAAAGGGUAAAGGUCCAAUGACCACUUAUUGGUUGAUGGGCGAAAAACCGACGAACAACAAUGUGCAACAGACAAAUCCCACAACGACCAUCGGUCAAAUAUCGAUUCUUCAGGAUCAACCUCCCGUUACUACGCAAAUUCAAACGACGCAAUUGAAACAGCAGGAGCAACGAGCGCACUCGACCGCCAGCCAGCAGCACAAAUUUCAGGGUCAGCCGGACCAGCCGUAUCCGACGCAGCAAUCGAUUCAGUCGAGGAGCCAGGAGCCGCGGCAGCAGGGACAUCCGGGUCAACAGAGACCGCAGGAGUCGCAGCACCAGGGUUUAAUGACCGCCCAGUCGCGGUGCCAAGCGGUCCCGACCAAUCCGUCGUCGGCCACGAACCAGAUUCAGAGCCAGAGAUCCACGACGGUUAAUAAUCCCGCCUGCGGUCUCGCUGGCGUGACCGGAAACGGCGCGCCGAAAUCGGUGGUCGUGUCGCGUACCGUCGUCGCGACGCCGAUCGGCAACUCGUCGCCGUCUCGCACUCGCACGAGCGGACCGCCGAGCGCGAACAACUCCAUGCACCAGGUAUACCCGACGGCCGAGAGCAUGCCCAACCACACCGAGAGCGGUCCCAACGCGCCGCUCCUGCUACCCGCGGGCGCGGUCCCCAGGGUCUAGUUCUCCUAAUAUGUUUCUCCUCCCGGCGAUGUUCGACUUGCCAGCUAUCGAGCCUCCGAACGAUAUCGCGAGACAGCCAAGCCGGAUCGAUGCUCGGGUUCGUUGGUGGGAAAGCGAAGUAUAAUCGUGGUCAAAAAGUGAACGAGAGCGAAUUGUGCUGACAGAAACGGACUUGUAAGCCGAGGGAUUUUUGUCCGUCAUCCUGCUCUAUCGAAGCUUUUAAAAUUCAGAUUCUUCGUUCCCUGGGAGUAAUCAAAGUGAUUUGUGAACAUAUCGUGGCAAAAAGUUGUCUUCUUAUCAGAUUUACGACGAAGGUGCUUGUCUUGAAUUAAUUAACGUUAGUUUCACGACUUGUUUCUUGAUUUCUAGAAAGUCCCAGUUACAAAUUAGGAUUCUAGAUAAUCAGCUAGAAGUGGAAGAUUUGCUUUUUCAUACCGUAAAUAUUGACUAUGUUAUUCGCAUUGCGAUAGAUGUAGCUGAACAAGGCGGGACCGACUCCAAGUUCGCUGAAAGUGAUCUCUUCUUACAAGGUAUUAUGGAACCAACGUUUACCGAUUAACGCAAUUUAGAAUAAAUACGUGUGUAUCGCGCGAGCCAAUCGCGCGAUGAGGAUGGACAAUGAGGAUCAUUGGAUCGGAUGAUUCAAACUCAGAAGAAGAGAGGAAGGGACAAUUAAUUAGAGAGAGAGAGAGAGAGAGAGAGAGAAAGAGGUGACGACCGGGCGACGUACUUUUGCCGAGGGCACUUAUAGUCUUCUGUAUACGGACACAGUAUUAUACCGGUCGUGCGUGUGCGCAUUUUAUUUAUUCGUACCAAAGCGAGAAUACAUUCGCGUCUCCCCGUUUACGCGCGUAUGUCCCCAUGCGAUUCAUUUGCGACGGCACGUAAAAACGGGCUUAGCUUGCAAUUAGCGGCAGGUUUUCCCGAAGUUUAGCCGCAGCCGAUACUUGACUCCCGUCGAGCCUUAUACGCCGAAUUAAUUAAGAUCCGAUCGCAAACGCAAGCGAAUUUAGGUUCUCUGUCUUUGCGAGGAUCUUAGAAUCCAUUUUACAAAAAAAAAAAAUGAUCAUGAUUGACUGAAUCGUCUUUCUCUGUCUACAAUCUACAUUAUCGUUAUUGAGAAGCAGUUAUUGAGAAAAGGAGAGAAAUAAUUAAAGUCAAAAUUUAUUGAGAUUGACGAGGUUGACUUAAAGUUCGGAACGUAAGGGAUAGAACGAUAAAUUUUCUCCGACCAAAGCGCAUGUUACACAUUCUGUAGAAAUACUUGCGUAUAAGCUUCUUCCAAUAUAACUUUUUUAUUAAAUUGUAAAAUAUUUUUCGCAUCCUUCCUCGUUUACGGAAUCGCGAGUAAGCAUCACGAAAGAGACAUAGCUCGGCCACAGUGUUUAUCGUCGCAUGCCCGACAUGACAAAUAUUUUACAGUUCGCAACGCGUCCGCGAGACCCGCGCGAACACAGAAUUCCGUACCUAUCGCACGUGUGUAAGGAUGUUAUAUAUAAAAUAUAUAAAAGAGAAAAAAGAUAUAUAUAUAUAUAUGUAUACGCAAAAUACAUGUAUAUGUUAACGAGAUUAGAUUAUAUAUAUAUAUGUAUAUGGCUGCAAAGGCAAAAAGUUACCGUAGCUAAAUUAUAUCGGUGUUUAGGGCCACUCGUGGCGAAACGUGAGAGGCUGGGCCUCUCGCGAAACGAGAGUCUGUGACGUGUCUGAGAAAUUAAUAUCGAUUGCGGGUGCAUAUAUAUCUGCGAAUGCACACACGGAGCCACACAUACAUAUACACACACAUGUAUACAUACGUAUACGAGACAGGUAUGGUCAUGUGCGGUCGCAAUUGCAUACCCGUGUUUAAUGUAUGAACAAACGGUGUAGGUGGCUGAUGAUACUCCGCGGUCGUCCUGCUGUAAACGUGGUGUGGUGACACGAGGGGUGUGACGCAUCGUGAAGAGUGAAAUUCUAUCUGUGUCAAUCUCUCUUUCAACGAUGUAUCAAUGAAUAUUCCGAAAAUAAAGUUUAAUCGUUUUCAA